CCUGCGCCCGCCCUCGACCCCGCGGUUCCUAGGGCAUUGGCCGCGCCGCUGGGGGAUCCCUCCGGGCUCAAGUUGCAAGGGGGCGGGCCCGGGCCGGAGGUGGAGUCUCCCGCCAAUUGAAGGCUAUAAAUCGAGCUCUCGGCACGGCCAGAACCCAGAUGCCUCGCCAGGCCGCCUCGCGGCUGGUGGUCGGGGAAGGCGACAGGGCCCAGGGGGCGUCGGGGCCUGCGGCCACCAUGCUCCGCUCCCUGCUGCUUCACUCCCUGCGGCUCUGCGCCCAGACCGCCUCGUGCCUCGUGCUCUUCCCGCGCUUCCUGGGCACGGCUUUCAUGCUGUGGCUCCUCGACUUCCUGUGCAUCCGCAAGCACAUCCUGGGCCGCCGCCGCCGCCGGGGGCAGCCCGAGCCCGAGGUGGAGCUCAACAGCGACGGCGAGGAGGUGUCCCCCGAUGACCCGCCCAUCUGCGUGUCGGACGACAACCGCCUGUGCACGCUGGCGUCGCUCCGGGCCGUGUGGCACGGCCAGCAGCUGGAUUUCUUCAAGCAGGCGCACGAGGGCGGCCCGGCGCCCAACUCCGAGGUGGUUCUGCCCGACGGCUUCCAGAGCCAGCGCAUCCUCGACUACGCCCAGGGGAACCGCCCGUUGGUGCUCAACUUCGGCAGCUGCACCUGACCGCCGUUCAUGGCGCGCAUGAGCGCCUUCCGACGCCUGGUCGCCAAGUACCAGCGCGACGUCGACUUCCUCAUCAUCUACAUUGAGGAGGCGCACCCCUCCGACGGCUGGGUCACCACUGACUCCCCCUACGUCAUCCCGCAGCACCGCAGCCUGGAGGACCGGGUCAGGGCGGCCAGGGUGCUGCAGCAAGGCGCGCCGGGCUGCGCCCUGGUGCUGGACACCAUGGCCAACUCCAGCAGCUCGGCCUACGGCGCCUACUUCGAGCGCCUCUACGUCAUCCAGAGUGGCACCAUCAUGUACCAGGGCGGCCGAGGCCCCGACGGCUACCAGGUCUCGGAGCUGCGCGCUUGGCUGCGGCGCUACGACCAGCAGCUGCGUGGCGCCCGGCCCCGGCGGGUGUAAGCGACCGAGGGACAACUGGCCGGACGGGGCGGGCUGGGCCUCGGAGCCGUCGAGGCUCACGGGCAAGCGCCAGAGGAACUUGAGCUUGGCGAGGCCCCAGUGACCCGGAGGGACUGAGACUGCGCCCUCGGCCAAGGGAAGCCCCGGUUCCCUGGGGCUGCUGCUGUGGCUGCCUCUCACCGGUACCUGCUGGCUCGCUCAAAUCCCCCUCCCCCGGCUGGGAGCGCAGAGGCGGCGCGCACCCCCGCCCGCGUGCGUGCCCCGGGCACUCGCCCGCACAGCACCGUCUCGUGCCAGCUCCGCGGCGCGCCUUCAGCCACGCGCGGGGCCCCGCGGUGCUCGCAGCGCCGAGACCUUGGUCGCGCCCGCGCGCAGCUGGGUUCCGGCAGCGCUCUCUCGGCAGUUGCCUGGCAUCCACCUGUCGCUCUCGGAGAAGGGGAGUCCUGCUGCUUUUGUGUCUGUUUCUUGUCCCUGAUUGGAGGGGGGAGGGACAGAGGAAGGAGAAGGGUGGGCAGGGUAGUGUCCCCCGUUUGCUUGGGGUGAGCGCGAGCCCCACUGCUGAUGACGAGCCGCCUCUAACUGGUUUCCGCCACGAGCCGGUUCUGAUUUGCAGGGGGCUUGAAGCAAUGCCCGAAGCGAGAGGGGGAGACUGCCCUGGGUUUCCGGGAGGGGGCGUAGGGAGUGGGAGGUACGGGGUGGGGGGAGAUGGCUGGAGAGGCACUCGGGAGGCUUGCUGCGCCGGGGGGAGAGGGACUCCCGGGGAGCAGGCUUUGGGUGGUGGGGUCUGGGGCAAGGGAGAUUUGGGGGGGAAGCCUGGGGCCCCCGGAGUUGAGGAGACUGCCCGGCCGAGCUGCUGGCUGCGGGGCCGGGGGGCCGAGGGUCCCAGAUUCAAAGGCCAUUUGGUGAGCUUCGGGCUGGAGACAUUCCCGUGUAUAAACUUCUUAGGGGCUACAACAAUAAAGGCUUGAAGUAAACUGCUUUC